AUGGUGAGUAGUCUUUCGAGGAAGCCUACUUCUUCCCCGUCUUCCUUCGAUCAUGUCAACUGGGAUAAAUGGUGUGUUAUAAAAGCACUCUUUCUGAAGGUCAUACUGCGGGAGGGGGGGAAAGAUGGGCCUCAAGAUUCUUACAGCGCUCGACCAUGCAAGAACACAAUACUACCACUUCAAAGCCAUCAUCAUCGCCGGCAUGGGCCUCUUCACCGACUCCUACGACCUCUUCUGCAUCACGCCUGUCAUGAAGCUGAUAGGGCGGAUUUACUACGAUCCUCAGGGAGGGACGCCUGGCGUGACGCCACCCGCGGUGGUCUCCGCCAUCGUGGCUAUCGCGCUGGUCGGCACAGUCAUCGGCCAGCUCAUCUUCGGCAUGCUUGGGGAUCGCGUGGGCCGUCGGCGCGUCUACGGGUUCUCCCUCCUCCUCAUGAUCGCCAGCUCGUUCGGUUGCGGUUUCUCCAUCUGCCGCACCCGCAAUUGCGUGCUGACUAGCUUGUGCUUCUUCCGGUUUAUGCUUGGGAUCGGCAUCGGCGGCGACUACCCACUCUCGGCGACCAUCAUGUCUGAAUUCGCUAACAAAAGAACGAGGGGUUCGUUCAUCGCCGCGGUGUUCUCGAUGCAAGGGUUCGGGAUACUGGCCAGCUCAGGGGUCACCAUGGCGAUCGCUGCAGCGUUCAAAAGGGCAACCAAGGCAUCGAGCAUCGGCCCGCUGCACACGCCAGAGGCAGCGGACUUGGCGUGGCGCAUCAUACUGAUGAUCGGUGCCAUUCCGGCGGCUUUGACGUUCUACUGGAGAAUAAACAUGCCGGAGACCGCCAGAUAUACAGCACUGGUGGAGCGGGAUGUGAUCAAAGCGACAAAUGACAUGGGGAAGGUGUUGGUGGACUUCGAUAUGGAUACUUCAGAAGUUUCAGGCGGACCCCGUCGACCAGCCACAACGUACGGUCUCUUCUCAAAGCAAUUCAUGGGACGGCAUGGCCGGAACCUGUUUGCGUGCGCCAUGGCAUGGUUCUUGGUUGACAUCCCCUACUACAGCAGCACUCUUUUCCAGUCGCAAAUCUACCAGCCGUGGUUCCCUCCGUCUAACCAUGUAAAUGCUUACGAGGAGGUCUACAACGUCGCAAAAUUCCAAGCAAUCAUCGCCGUGGCCUCUACCAUCCCUGGCUACUUCGCCACCGUCUACUUCAUCGAACGCACCGGCAGGCGAAAGAUUCAAAUGAUGGGUUUCUUCUUCAUGGCAAUCUUCCUGUUCGCGCUAGCAGGUCCCUACGACAAGUAUUGGCACGACCACACCCACGGGUGGUUCAUCGUUCUUUAUGGCUUGACCUUCUUCUUCUCCAACUUCGGCCCCAACACCACGACCUUUAUCGUGCCCGCCGAGCUGUUUCCUGCUCGCUUCCGGUCCACAUGCCAUGGGAUAUCCGGCGCGUCGGGAAAAGUUGGUGCCAUAAUCGGAGCUGUUGGAUUCCUCUGGGCCUCUCGACCGAGGAAGCCGGGGAUCGGAAUGACGUAUGCAUUGACUAUCCUGGGUGGUGUAUGUCUCAUUGGAAUGCUUCACACCUAUCUCUUUACGCCUGAAACUAAGAUGAGGUCCUUGGAGGAGAAUGAGUCCGGAGAAAGUCAACAUGGUCCCGAGGACCUUGAGAAUAUCAACCACAGUGUAUUCACAUCCAGCGCUCCGAGUGUUCAUCCUCUCGGUGGACGUUCUCCUCUGCAAUCACCUUUGUAGGUCUUACAUCACCAUCUGAUAGUACGUUCAACAUAAGUAUUGGGAGGCAGAUGGAAGGAGGCUGUUGUAUGAUUUGGUUUGGUCUAUAAUUGCUGGCUGUGUGCAUUGUUCUCACUCCUCA